AUGUCCCAAGUUGUUCUUCCAGUAACUAUUCUAGCGAAUAGAUUAGCUACAUCAGAAGGCUAUGAUUUUCAAAUUAUUUUAAAACAGUUAAAAUCUCCAGAAUAUGUCAACGACAAACUAUUAAAAUCAGAAUUAUCAUUACUUGUGACAAAAAUACAAAAAUUAUUACAAUCUAGUUCUGAAUUUGAUCUUUGGAAAGGUUGUCAUACUUCUGUGGUUAUUUGCACUUAUAAUCCAUUGGUAUUAUGUUCUCACGGUAGUCAACUUCUAGGGAGCAUAUUCACUAAAUUAGAACAAAAGUUUAAGUAUUAUUCAACCACUGUUUCAACUGAACAAGGUAGAGUUCUUUUAGAAACUUUAGUUUUUGCAGUUUCUACUUUAAUGGAUUUGAUGAGAGGCAAACCAACUUUAAGUAGAGAAGGUUUAAUACCAAAAUUAAAGAACAUCAUUCCAACUUUAAUUAGUCUAACUCAAUUUGAUCCAAAAUUAACCUUACAAACUCUACAAAAACUAUUAAUUAAGAAUACAACAACUUUUAGACCUUUUGCUAAUAAAUUAAGAAUAGUCUUAUCAAAUUUACUUGCUAAAGAUUAUCACUAUUUUGAUAAAAAGGUUCAGAAAGAAAUUUGUGAUACAUUUGCUUAUUUACACUUAAUCAAAAUCCAAGCACAACAGCCAGUUGAUGCAUCUGAAGCUCAUCAUAAUACUUUCAAUGAUGAAACCUGGAGAAAUGGUAUCAUGUCUGUUCUUUAUGAGUUUAAACCUUUGAUUCAAUUAAGCGGCGAAAUUAUUGACAUUGAGCAAGAUAAAGAUUUAAGCAUCCUGAUUAAUCAUAAUUUACCACAGUCAAUAAACCAAAAACUGUUAUCAGGUAUAAAUGAAAUUUUGCCAACUUUAAAUUUAGAUAUGAAUAAACCACUGACCUUAUGGGAUUUACCAAAAAGAUUAAAUUUAUUAAGUGACCUUCUUAUUUCAUUUAUUUCGUUACCAACCCCUUAUCCAAUUCGUGUUCCAAUUGGGUAUAUUAAUACUAUUUGUGAAGCUUUGUUAUCAAUCACAACAAAUUUUUUGCCAUUAAAGCGUGACUUACGCCAAGAUGUUGAAUUAAUAUCUGUCAUUGAUCAAGUCUUGCCACAAAUUCAAUUUGUUGGUAUUAAAAUUUGGAACGCAGCUUUUAAGAAUUUGGGAAAAUUAUUAUUGUCAGAGAUCCCUUCUAUUUUAGGUUCUUUGGAAUUAUUUAUUCCUUUAACGAAAAAAUCUAGUAAUAUUAAUUUUGCAAAAUGCAAAUCAUUAAAAAAUGAAUUAUUAGAGCUAUUUAAGCUGAUUAAUAGAUUGUUAUAUCAAAUGGGUCAGUCUACGGACGUCACAAAUCUAAUUAAAAAAUUAGUCGAUAUUGCUUUGACUUUAACUGACUCUACAUCUUUAGUUUCCAAUCUAUUUAAUAGUCAAAAUGAAUUAUUAACUAAAAAGACAAGCAACUCUAAUAAAAAUAACAAACAAAAAAAGCAAAAAAGAGAUAAUGCAGCAGGUGCUUUAUCAGAUUUAUAUACACAUUCUAAUCAGUUUAUUCAAAGCACAUCAAUUGAACUUUAUAACCAAAUAAAUUUAUUCUUAAUAUCCGUUUUAAGCAAUCAAAUAUUACCAUCACCUCAACAAGUUAAAGUCAUUAAAUAUGCAAUCGUAAACUCUUUUUAUUUUAACAACAAAACUCAAUCAAUUCCAGACACUUUUAAAUGUCUUUUAAGAACUUUAGUGUUGUUUCCAGGGAAUGAACGUGUAUCUAUCUUACCUAUUGCAGUCACUGUUCUUAAAGAGCAUGGUGACGAAGUUUUAGAUGUCUUGUCUCACGCAAGGUUACCAUUAAGUAUGAUCCACCAAGUAAGUGAACUAGCAGCAAUUGAACUCAAAGAUGACCAAGAUGAAAAUACACAUCCAGAAAUUGAUAGUAAAGAGGAUAGCAUGUCCGCAUCUGCUUUAGAAUUGGCUCACAUGGAAGAUGAAACUGUUACAUCAAAUAAAAUUACUCCAAAUUCUGAUAGCGAGAAAAAUAUUAGAGAAAGUCUAGAAGAUAUAGACCAAACCAAAGUAUUAAAGAGAAAGUUAAUGGACGAUGAAGAGGUCGUUUUUUCUGAGGCUGCAACUGUUUCAAAGCGUACUAAGAUUGAGCAAGAAGUGCCAGUGGAAGACAUUGUAGUUCCUGUCCAGGUCACUGAGGAAGCUACCGUGAAUAUUCUCGUUGAAACUAAAGAUGAUUUUAAGAAAGAUAAAGAGGCCUUUCUUGAAGACGAUAAUGAUGACGAUAAUGAUGAUGAUGGAUCCGAUUUUGAAAUUCCAGCUAUCGAUUUAAGUGACGAUGAUGAUGACGCAGUAUAA